ACCACCGCUCACCAUCGACCGUCGACAAUCGCAUCCCCUAGCUGCCAACCGCACAAUAUAUCCAUCUACGUUCUACGCCAUAAUAUAAUUAUUUUCUAUUAUACGUUCGCUGUUGAAAAUCGUUUGGAAUAUAUUACAUAUACACUUAUACAGACGCCGGCCGAGUAAAGUGCUGUAACACAAUAUCCUGACCAAGAGACUAAGACGAAUACCACCACCAUGAUGGCCACCGGAGAUUCGAUGAAGUUCGCCGCCGCCCGAUUCGGUGGCACCGGCGGUCUGCUGGAUUGCAACUUCCCAUCGUUGUACGUGGAUGCGGUCUGGGCGAGAUUCCGGCGGCAUCCGAGCGCGUUCGCUGGCGGCCAGAUAGAGAGCUACGCCAGGGCUGUGGCUUUGUCCAGGAACGUCCAGAAACAGAUGGCUGCGAUCACGGCAACCACGCCGGGCGGCAAGCCCAAAAAACGGUACAUUUGCACGUAUUGCGACCGAGAGUUCAGCAAGUCAUACAACCUGCUCAUACACGUCAGGACUCACACGGAUGAGCGUCCGUACCCAUGUGACGUAUGUGGCAAGGCGUUCCGCAGGCAGGACCACCUCAGAGAUCACAAAUACGUUCAUAUGAAGGAUAAACCGUUUUCUUGUGAAUCAUGUGGCAAAGGCUUCUGUCAAAUGCGCACGUUGAUCAGCCACCGGAAGAACGCUCAAUGUCAAUGGUACCAAUACCAACGGCAUCAGGCGAUGGCCACGCAGAUUUCCUCCGCCGCAACCUCGGGUACUGUUGCCGCCGCAGCGGCUGCGGUAGCGUCUCCCGAAACGGUCCGAAACGCCAACCUUACCGAUUUUAGUAUCAAAACCUUACUGGGAAUUAGCGACGAUCAAUAACAUAGUAGGUAGUAGUACCUAUAUACAUAAUACACCUAUCCGGCUUAGUUGGUUUACCAUAUUUAUCGCUCUUUUUCAUAAGGUGAAAUGUA